AUGGCUGACCCUGAAGAAGCCUGCAUUGCCAACCCCAUGCCAGAGAGUAUUGACCGAAGCUCCCGCGACCAGGACCAUCGUCGAGCUCGUUCCAGAGGGGAAAUCAUCCAAGAACGGAGGGUAGAAGAGAUCAUUGCCAUCGCUAUGGACGAGUUUGCUAGACGAUUGGACACAUUGGAGGAGACCGUUGGGACCGUUGAAUCUAGUUUCAAACGAUUGAACAGAAACCACGUGCGGUUGGAGUCUGACAUUGGUGACCUUUUUGGCCAGCAAGCUGAAUUCAAGGCUAUUCUGGCCCAAAACACGGAGAGCAAUGAAAGACGGUUUGAAGACCAUUCACGAAAUGUCAAUGACUUGAAGGAAUCCAUCGAUGAUGUUCGACGCGAUUUGAACGACGCCUCUCACUCCAAUCUUCUCCAAUGUGGGAUCGAACGUGUGGGAAACGACCUGAAAGCUUCGAAGAAACUCGGAACUGAGGCUAUUAUGGAGAUAUUCGAUGCCAUAAACUUGAUCCGCAUGGAGGCGCUAGACAGAGGGUGUAGGAUGGAAGAACUGGAGGUUGAGCACCAGAAGCGACUUGAGGAUAUCGAGAUUUCUGUCCGAAACGUGGAAAGAGCUACAGAAGAAUUGGAGAGCAUGGUUGAAGGAUGGAACUGCCCGCAGGGGAGGCUCGCCCAGGAACUGGGGGGACGGUUGACCACCCGCGACCUCCAAUACCAGCUUCAAGAAAGUUCAGACGCGUCUCAGAUUGAUACAGGCCUAGCCUGUGGCUCUUGCUCCCGUCAAACCUCCGCCAACGAUUCUACAUCUGGGGUACCGAUCAGCCUGUUUCAAGACCUUGCAGAGUCAUUCGCUGGACUUGACUUGGACGAAGAUGGACAUAGUCGAACUAGGAGCCCUCCUCAGUCGUCAGGUUGCUCUGAGGAUACAGAUAUUGACUUUCAAGAGCCGUUCAUCAAGGUCGAGGAACUGGAAAGGCGUUUGGCCGCCGUGGAAGGGAUGUUGUGCGCUAUGAACGAUAAGAUAGGGCUCCAGGGAGAAUCGACCGGUUCUAUUAACGUCAGUCUGCCCGCCCCUACAUGUGUUCCGUCCGCUAUUUUCAGUGCACUGAAUCCGGUCAUCGUGAUAGGAUAA